UCCCCUUUGCCACCGCGUCGCCACCGCAACAAGGGAGGUCGGCGAGACCGCGAGAGCAGCAACCGCGGAAGCCAUGGCGAACAAGGCGACGGCGGCGACCUCCUGGCGGUGGCGGCUUCUGCUGCUACUUCUCGUCAGCGUGGCCGCCCUAUGCUGGAUUCCUCCGGCGAUCGCUGCUGCGGCGGCGGCGGCCGCAGCCGCAUCGACGGCCAAUGGAGCGCGGAGAUCGCUGCUCGGCUUCGUGGAGGCGCAGGGGAACGCCUCAUACCACUGCACGCCCUCGGGUCCCUGCGUUCCCUGCCAGUAUUCUGAGAAGAAUGAUGAAAAGUAUAGCUGCAGCGAAACUGGCUAUCGCCUGCCCUUGAAAUGUGUAGAGGCACAAAAUGCUACAAAAGAAGGAAACAAGACCAAGCAGAGGAAGAUAUUGGAUGAUGCAUCCACAUCAGGUGGUACGAAAUCCGCAUCAGGUGGUCCAAAGCAUUAUAUUACUUACAGAAGUUGUGUGCCAUUGGUUGGAGAAGAGAAGUUAUCUGUUCUUGGUUUUGAGGUAGUGAUGGCCGGGAUGUUGCUAGUAAGUGGCCCGUUUGUGUAUUAUCGGAAACGACGUACAAAUCUUAUGCAGGGAGCUGCAAGAAUCCCGACAAGUGAUCCUAGGUUCUAGUAUGGUAUAUUAACGGAUUGCACACUUAUGUUGAUUUGGUGUAUUUUUCUUGUGAUUUUGCCCCUUCUCAUUGUACUAUUGUAUUUUACACAUGUAAUUCUGGAAGAGGCAAAGAGCUUGUUAGGUCUCACAGGAGUAGGAACCACAGUGGUUAGUCUCAUCGUACCUGGUUUACUUGGGUCAAAUCUCUUGUGUUACAUAUUCAAAUUUAUGGUUUUGUUACCCCAAAAAAGUUGCUCUAACCGAGGAACUACUUUGUUGAUGUUGAUAAUUCAUGCGACCAAUGCAAUAUAUA